AUGAAUAACGAAUCAUCGUCACCUAGUCCUUUGACUAGUAUCCCGCAGCUACUACAAAACCAGGAAACCAAUUCGGUAGACGCUAGUAAUUCUGAUAGUCAGCCUAUUCCUAGAAGACCCAAACCCAUGAAGCACAGAAUAUCUGACUCAAGUAUGCCAAUGGGUUCAUCCUUCUCCAAUGAUUUUGAUAAUACUGACUCCUUAGGAAUACUUCAUGAGGCGGAAACUCAAUAUGAAGUAGGUAUAAGACAAACAGAGGAAGAAGAAGAGGACGAAAAUCAUGGUGCUGCUGAAAGAGAGGAAAAUAUUGACAACACGGAUAAUACUGAUGCUUUGGAGCAUGCAGUCAAUGCCGAAACUGAAUGGAAAACUAAAGUUAACAGCGCUCAACACAAUAUAUCUGUGACAAAUGGGAGAGGGGGCAGAGGUUCUUAUCUCGAUCACAGAAAAAAUAGUAUAUUAGAAACUAGACCUCUAACAUUUGCUAAAAAGAAUAGACCUAAAAAGACAGAGAAAAAUGACAAAUCUGAACAAAAAAAGAAGCAACGCGCAUUUAGUAUGAACGCGGAUGUUCUGAAACCCAGAUUGAGUAGAACAGGCGGCCGUAUUGACCCUGGAGCGGAUUAUCCAGAAGAUUUGAAGGCCCGGUUAGCGGCUUCGUAUAAUACAAGAAACUAUGACCCAUAUUUGUCCAGUACGGGUACCCCACCUGUAAUCAAUGGAUUUCGUAAGUCACCUUUGCAUAGAAGGGAUACUUUAAUACCUAAUGGAAAUGAUGUGGUCAUCGAUGUUGAUGAACUUAUGCGUCAUGUCAAACACAAAGGUACACAUAAAAAGAAAGGUCAUCAGGAUGACAGACAUAGUCGUCGGAGCUAUCCAUCAAGUUCUGCUUCAUACUCCACAUCUACUAGAAGUACUGAUGUUUUCCAAAGUGACAUGGAAGAUGAAGAUGAAGAUGAAUAUAACUCAAGGCCGUCAUCAAGGAGAUCUUCCAAUAAUUCAUCUUUAGAUGAUGUGUGCCUUGUCCUCGAAGAUGAGGAUGAAAAUUUAGAUAAAAUGUGGCCUGAUGUAGCUGUAUUGGAGGAAUUUUCCAAAGAAGAAACAGAAAAACUAAGAAGACAGGCAAUUAGAGAUGCAGAAGCUUUUCACUUCCAAUAUGAUGAAGAUGAAGAACCUUAUGUUAACAAUGAUUUUGAUGAUCAGUCAUUCCCAGACGCUAAUGAUAGAUAUACUAAAGCGGAAUCCAGUUCAGGAAUAUUCUUCUCCAAGCCGAUUGUUACUAAUAUAGACGUUCCUGAAUUGGGAAACAAAAGAGUAAAUGAAGCAGAACAACUCAAUACAGGAAGAUUAAGACCGAGGAGGCUAGCACCAUGGCAUCUAACACAGAAUAAGCACCAGGGUUUUCAAUCUGCUCCUGGAAUGUCUCCAGUUAAUCCAGCUAUCCCCGGCAAUAGUGAGUUACGAGACAACUUCUUAGUGGGUAGAAAUAUUCAAUACCCAUCACACAUAAUAUCUAGUAAUCCUGAACAUUUUAGAUUUACUUAUUUCAGAAUUGAUUUAGAUGCAACAGUUCAUUCUCCGACAAUAUCUGGGCUACUACAACCAGGCCAAAAAUACCAAGAUCUAUUCGUGGCCUCUAUAUAUGCCGAUCAGAGAGGGUCGAGCAACUUUUCAGGAGCUAAUACUCCAUUAAAUACUAAAGCCAACACUCCAUCUCACUCGAAUUCACAUCUAAUCAAGAACCCCUCAAACAUGUCCAACAGUGCCUCUGGGACUCAUUUGGGUUCUAACGCGGCAGAUUUGGAAGUAGACUUAGAUGAAGUAGCUCCUUUUUGGUUGGACGUAGUUAAUCCAACUGAAGAAGAAAUGAAAAUAUUGAGUAAAGCUUUUGGUAUCCAUCCCUUAACUACUGAGGAUAUAUUUUUAGGCGAGACACGUGAAAAGGUAGAGCUAUUCAAGGAUUAUUAUUUUAUUUGUUUCAGAAGUUUUGAUAUUAUUGCUGAAAAACAUGUAUUAAGGCAGAAAAGGAAUAAAUAUAACGAGGAUACGGGUACAAAUGCCGACAGAGACAGUGUUUCUCACCGUAGUAACAGGAGAGGUUGGCUAUCAUCCUUCUUUAGGAAGAGAAGACGGUCCUCAAAUGAUAUUAAGAGGGGUGGAGCAGAACAGUCUCUCUACUCUUCUAGUCUUCAUCACAAGGCAGACAAACAACGGCUGAAAAUGAUAGAAGAGAGAAAUAGGAAACGCAAAUCUGGUGAUAGACAUAAACCAAGAGAGGGUGAGUUGCAACCGCUCAACGUCUACAUUAUUGUUUUUAGAACAGGUGUUUUAACUUUUCAUUUUGCUCCUACCCCUCAUCCUAUUAAUGUGAGAAGGAGAGCUAGACUACUAAAAGAUUAUUUAAAUGUUACUUCCGAUUGGAUUGCAUACGCCUUAAUCGAUGAUAUUACGGAUGCUUUCGGGCCAAUGAUUGAAUUGAUUGAGGAUGAAGUAUAUGACAUUGAGGAUGCAAUUUUAAAAAUGCAUCAUACAUAUGAUGAUAGUGACAGUGACUCCAGCGAUAGUGACUCAGACAGCGACUAUGGCGAUGAUAAUGAAUCAACAUUCAGUGUUAGAGGAGCUAAUAAGUCUAGUGGUGGUGAAAACACAAGACUACUUUUCGAUAAGAGAUCCAAGAAGGCAGGUUCCAUACGUGGAUCAAUUGGCAGAAGAUCAUUUGAAACUCGUUCAUCUAGGUCAUACAAUACAUUCUCAUCCAGAACUCGAAGCAGCAGUAGCAGUAGCAGAAGUAGCGAUAGCAGCCUAUCAAGUAUAAACCCAAACAUUAUUGGAUGGAAGAAGAAAGGUGAUAUGCUGAGAAGAAUUGGUGAGUGCCGUAAGCGUGUUAUGAGUAUCCUGCGAUUACUAGGGUGGAAGGCUGAUGUGAUCAAGGGAUUCGCUAAGAGAUACAAUGAGCAAUGGGAUUUUGGACCCCAAAGUGAAAUUGGGAUAUAUCUUGGCGAUAUCCAGGAUCAUAUAGUUACUAUGGUUGCAUCAUUAAACCACUAUGAAAAGCUACUAAGUAGGUCACAUUCAAACUAUCUUGCUCAAAUUAAUAUCGAUAUGACUAGAGUCAACAACGAUAUGAAUGACGUUUUGGGAAAAAUUACCAUUCUAGGUACAAUUGUAUUACCAAUGAACGUUAUAACAGGUUUGUGGGGUAUGAAUGUUAUUGUACCUGGUCAAUUUAAUGAAUCAUUGAAUUGGUUCAUGAGCAUUGUUGCGUUCAUGUUUUGCCUGGCAUAUGGUGCUUAUGUUUAUACCAAGAAGAGAUUUGAUUUCUAA